AAGACAGAAAGGCAACGUCAGAGUUGGCUUGGGAGGAUGUGGCCUUGAAAUGCGUGAACUGGAUACCCUUCCCCCUCUCUCUCUUCUGUUCAACAAUCUAUCAUCUCCCUACCUGAUUUUUUAUUUUUUAUUUCCUAUGGGGAGAUAUAAUCUCUUGGUGAAGUUUAUUUCUCUUAUUUAAUUUCUUCUAUUUCUUAGCCCUUGUAGGAUUCUUGAAGUUCCAAGCUAGGGUCUUGGUGCAAUUCUCGAUCUGGCUAGUGUAGUAGAUCUUCUGAAAUUUUCUUAUCUAUUGAAAAAAAUUGUUAUUUGCUGCAAACUUUUUAUUGCAAGUUCUACACACAUCAAGAUCCUACUGGUAGAGAGCUUUAUUAAUCCUUCUAAGUUCUCAUUCAUGAUUCUAUUUUUAGCUAGAUUCACCUCCAACAAAUUAACAAAUUGAAAAUAGUAUUGCUUCAAUCUGAAUCUUGAAGAAGACAUGUCAAAUUUCACAAGCAGUACUAGUGAAGCUUCUCAAAAUCCCACUCCAGCGAAGAAAAAGAGAAAUCUCCCAGGAAAUCCAGACCCAGAUGCUGAAGUCAUAGCGCUGUCCCCCAAAACCCUAAUGGCCACAAACAGAUUCUUGUGCGAGAUCUGCAACAAGGGUUUCCAAAGAGAUCAGAACCUGCAGCUUCACAGGAGAGGCCACAACCUGCCGUGGAAGUUGAAGCAGAGAGCAAACAAAGACGUGGUCAAGAAGAAGGUUUAUAUUUGCCCCGAGGUUUCUUGCGUUCACCACUGCCCUUCGAGAGCCCUCGGGGAUCUCACCGGGAUCAAGAAGCAUUUUUCAAGAAAACACGGAGAGAAGAAGUACAAGUGUGAGAAAUGCUCAAAGAAGUAUGCGGUUCAGUCCGAUUGGAAAGCUCACUCCAAGACUUGUGGCACUAGGGAAUACAAGUGUGACUGUGGUACUAUUUUCUCAAGGAGGGACAGCUUUAUUACCCACAGAGCCUUUUGUGAUGCCUUGGCAGAAGAGAGCUCAAAAGCCAUCAGAGUGCCGAACCCUAUCUCCAUUACUGCAGCAACCCCAAACAAUCACAACAGCAUUAAUCCCAAUCAACUCCUUUUCUCUUCUGAGCAACAAAAGAACACCGGUAUUCACCUGCAACCCCAUUUCCCUAGUCCUAAUGUCCAUGAUCAUGGUGAGCUCUCAUUGAAAAGGGAGCAGGUUAUAAAUUUCAACAGACAAGCUGAAGCUCAAAAAUUGUGGCCUCACGAUCUUGAUCAGUUCUCGUCUUUUGCUCCUCUUCACAAUAUCCCCCUUCCCUCACCCUAUAACCAGCCUUCUCCUCAUCUCUCAGCCACAGCGUUGCUUCAAAAAGCAGCUGAAAUGGGUGCAACCAUGAGCACGCAUGCUAGUUCUAAUGCUAGCAAUAGCUCGAGCUUUGGCCUUGUUCAUGGCGGCUCAUCUACGACGCAUUCUCCUCUUCUUCAAGAGAUGAUGAUAAUGUCAAGUAGUACCAAUUUCUCUUUCAAUGGGGAAACCACAAAUUCAUCAAAGAGAUCAGAAGCGGUGAAGAAUCAUGAUGAUGGGUUGAGUACAAAAGACUUCUUGGGUCUUAAAGCAUUUCAACACAAGGAUUUGUUCAGCAUGGGGCUGGAUUUGGAUCCAUGCAUGAGACCUUCCUUCGAAAAUGAUCCUUNGCUUUUAUCUAUUUUUGAACUUUAA